UUCCUUCCUACUGACUCUGCUUCAUUCGUUUCUCUGCAACAGCUCACACAGCACAGGAGGACCCUGCAGCUCUCAGCAUCAGCAGAAAUUUCAGAAAGCAAUUGUGACACAGAGGGAAAUGGGUGAACACUGGUACCAUGCAGAUCUGAGCCAGGCAUGGGCGGAGCAGUUACUGAUCCAAGAUGGUCGGGAUGGUGCCUUCCUUGUGCGUCAGAGCGAAUCUGUGCGCGGGGCAUUUGCGAUAUGUCUCAUGUAUCAACAUGUGGUCCACACCUACCGUGUCCUGCCUGAUGACUGCGGCUUGCUCUCUGUGCAGUCUGUGCAGGGUGUAGGGGUGAAGAAAUUUGAGCAUCUCAGCGACUUGGUGUAUGAAUAUAUGCACAAACAGUAUGGACUGGUCACAGCACUACAGUACCCUGUGGGGUGGGAAGCAGAACUGGGCACUGAGCAGGUUAAUGACUAUGUUGAAGCUAUGAAGUCCCCAAGUUGGAAAGAUAUUUCCUCCACAGGUACAAGGAUAGUAUCAUCCCAGAGAGGAACGGCACCUGGUACCCAGAGGAUACUACUGCAAGAAGACUUGGAAGACACCAGGAACCAAGGCCUGGGACUUUUACAAUUGAGUCCCCAGUUAGAGAGGCAAUGCAGAGAGCUGGACAGAGAGAUUGGGGUCACCUGGAGCAGCCUAAGGGUACUUACAAAGGUUUUCGGCCAGAUGAUCUCAACUCUUAAUUCUGAAGAUGAGCAAAUGUUGGACAGACUAAUGAAUAACAUUUCUGCUGUCCAUGAGAUCCUGUCUAGUCUGGAAAAUAAGAUUGUACAGACAUUAAAGGAGAGUCUCGCAAGUUUUCCCACAUCUCCUGCCUCCCAUGGCUCAACCUCUCCAAGGGUAUCAGCUACCAGCACCAGUAACAGGAAAAGCAAAAGAGAUCCUCAGGAUGGGUUGCAAGGAGAUAGAAAUCAGCCUAAAAAGAAUGGCCCCAAAAGCUUGUCUUUGUUCAUCGGCACCUGGAAUAUGGGUGGCUCCACUCCACCACGCUCAAUCUCUUCCUGGUUGUCUUCAAGAGGGCUAGGGCGAAGUCUGGAGGACACUAGUGUCUGUGUGUCACAUGAUGUAUACAUGGUUGGAACGCAGGAAAAUCCACAAGGAGAUCGUGAGUGGGCAGAGUUUCUAAGACUGGCAUUGAUAUCCCACACAGGGAAACAGUUCAAAGUGGUCUCUGUGCACUCUCUUGGGGGAGUGAAACUCGUGCUGCUGGUGAGACAAGAAUAUGAAAGUCUGAUUUCUCAUGUGCAGAUUUCCAGUGUGAGAACAAGAAUGAGCAAUACUCUGGGACAUCGGGGGGCUGUUGGCCUAUCUCUGGACUUCAAUGGAAUAUCAUUAGGAUUUGUCACCUGUCACCUAGUGUCAGGAAAUGAGAAAGUUCAGAAGAGGAACCAAAGUUUCGGGGAAAUUCUGCGAGGACUGACACUUGGAGACGAGUCUUUAAGGAGUUUCCAGCUCCCCCUGAGGUUAACACAUUUCUUUUGGGCUGGAGAUCUAAACUACAGACUAAGCAUGCCACUGCAGGACAUCCUGCAGUGUGUGUUCAGCGGCCGCUACCAGGUCCUGCUUCCAGUGGAUCAACUCAGCCAGGAGCGUGAGAGGAAGAAAAUCUUCUUGGGAUUCAAGGAGGAUCCAGUCACUUUUCCCCCAACCUGUCGCUAUGAGCGAGGGACGCGGAGCUAUGAUUUGCACAAAGCCAAAACAACAGGAACUCGUAUAUUUGCCCCAUCCUGGAGUGAUCGAGUCCUAUGGACUUCAUACCCAGACACAGAUAUCAAGUGCACAUCUUAUGGUUGCACAGAAGACAUCGUGACCAGUGAACACUCGCCUGUGUUUGCCACCUUUGAGGUUGGACUAGACUACACAUCCCAGCAAGAUACCAGCUGCACCGUCAGAUUCCAGAGCAUUGAGUCCAUUAUUAAAACGCAGAGCCGAUCCAGAGGUUUCAUUGAGUUCAGAUCUGUGUGCAUGAGAGGAUCCCCACAAAGCAAGGAAAACAGCAGCCACAGCACCGAGGGCUCAGCAUUUCUCAAGCUAGGCUGGUCGGAUCUAGACUUGCCAGAAAUAACCCUGGUAGGCCAGGACAGAAGAUCUGCUCUGACUGGACACAUACUGCUUAAUAUUCGAUCCACAGAUGGAGGAGAGUCAUAUGGUGAAUGCUGUGUGUCAGUAAACCCAUUGAAUAGUGGUACUGACCAUCAGUUCCAAGCAUUUCUGUCCCAGCGAGGAGAAGAGACUGGAUCUAUUCGUGGCUGGGUUACAGUGAGCAGAUUUCUUGAUGUCAACCCAUUGAAAAGCCCAAAUACGCAGCAAGGAGAUAAUGAAAAAGUAAGAGAAGGUUCUUCUCUGCUCACGUGUGCUCCUGUUUCUCCACGUGAUCCUCCCGCUUCUCGACCUGUAGCACGAACUGCCAGACGCCGGCCUGCAAGUCUGUGCUGUGUGAUGGAAAGUUACAGCAAUGCUGAAUAUUUUCUGUUUGAGGGAAUUCCUUCUCCCCGUACCCCAACCUCUCCAAGGCCCCGCUCAGCACUAGUGAGUGGGGAGCAUCAGAGCUCCGAUUCACACGGCCAAAGAUUCAACGUUAGGCCCGAGCUGGGAAAAAAUUCUGCCUCUGUUCAAAUAAGCAAACCCAAUAGGGCCACCUCCAGGUCCCUGGCUUCACACAAAGGCUGCUAACUUCUAAGAUUGCUGAGAAUCUGAAAAAUGGCACGUGUAAACACAACAAACCCAAGUCCCAAUUCUGUGGCCAGAUGGCAGUAAUACAAAAGAUUAACAUGACAAAAUCACUGGUGUUUAGGUGACACAUAUGCAGAUACUGCUUUUACCUUGGAGCCGAAAGUUUACGUUUGUGGAAAUUCCUUUUAAUUGCCAUUAGAUGGCAGCAGUAACACUAUUAUUUGGGAACCAUCAAAUCUCAUAUCAACUCACCCUACACAUAUUUAUAGAGUUACAUACUAUAAAAAAGCAACACACAUCUCACUAUAAAAUGUGAAAUAGGACCUGUUCUUACUGCAAAUAGACUGAGCUUUCACACAUAAGUGGAAACAUUUCAGUCUUUUGUUUGUAUGCACAGUCAGACGGGACACCGGAACAAACUCGGUGGGCCCCGUCCCAGACCUGCUUCCCCAAUCGGCUGCCCCAUACAGCUGGGGUUUUAGAAGUCAAGAGGAGGCCCCCAGUGACUGCCAGGAGGACCCUUAGGGGUAAAUUUAUCAAAGAGUGAAGUUCCGCCACUAGAGUGAAAUUCCGCAGCUCUCAAUUCAUUU